GAGUUCUUCCCUUUCUCAACAAUUCUCAAACUACAACAACCACUGCUCCUCUCAACCUCGACCAACCUCACAAUCGACGAACCAACCUCAACUUAACUCGACUCAAUCCACCUUUUCAAAUUCCAGUCUCACUUUCGAACCUUUCAUUCAUCGACUUAUCCCAUAAAUCAUCUGAGAUGGCUACAAGUUCAGCUGGUGGCCUAUCCCGUCGUCGUGUAGGUGGAGUUGCAUCUGCUAGUUCACCUGCUACCAGUGGUCGAUCUAACCCUUCUCAAAGACCUGAGCACCUCAAUCGAACCAACUCAUCCGCAAAUCCCGGUGAUAAUUCAACUAGUAAUCAUAAAAUAGCUUAUGAUCCCCGAGACUUGGAUGAAUCACAAGAAAACUCAUUAAAUCCUAAAUUAACUGUCAUGGAAGAAAUCAUUUUACUGGGACUUAAAGACAAACAAGGUUAUUUAUCAUUUUGGAACGAUAAUAUCUCUUACACACUUAGAGGUUGUAUAAUUCUUGAAUUGGCCUUAAGACAUCGGAUUGCUAUGGUUCGAGAUCCGAAUCGAAGGAGGUUUCCAUUACCUGAUCGUUAUAUCGAGGUGAUCGAUGAUAGACUGACAGGUGAAGUCUUAUUAGAUGAAGCUUUGAAAAUGAUGAAAGUCAGCGAAAAGAUGAGCGUAGGAACUUGGAUUGACCUCAUGUCUGGUGAGACUUGGAAUGUGAUGAAGAUUGGUUAUCAACUUAAACAAGUUCGUGAACGACUUGCAAAGGGACUAGUGGAUAAAGGAGUACUUAGGACCGAGAAACGUAACUUUUUACUCUUCGAUAUGGCCACUCAUCCGAUCUCCGAUUCAACCUUCAAAGACGAUGUCUUACGUCGUACCCUAUCAAUUCUCACUUCUCGCACGGUUGCGAUUCCUAGUACGGAUCUUUAUUCAUCUGAUGUACGUUAUAGGACUUUAAGAGCAGUUUGUAUGGUUUGUGCGGCUUUUGCUGCUAACGUACUCGAAAACGCACUGGUCCACCUCUCUUACGAUGCACGCGAGGCCGCAUUUCAAAAAUGUGAUGAAUUAUUAGCCGAGUUCUCACAGUGGCCUUUCGGAUCUACCCCAGCUCAUGCUCGUACACCUGGAGGAAGUGUUGGAGUUGGGACUGGUGGAACAGAUGUGACAAAUGCAAACUUGGUGGAGAUUGGUAGACUAAGUCGAGCAGAGAUGGUACCAGGCGAUGAACUUCAACUUGAGGUAGUCUCAGCUGUCUUACAUGUGUUUAGUAAGAUGGACUCUUUAUUAUGA